GACGAAGGGAAGAAACUACGACUGUAAUAUCUCUACCCUAAAACUAAACGAAAAUAAACAAUACGAAGGCCUGAGUCUCUUUUUGAAAACUGAUCAACUUGUUAUUAUUUCUUCGGUUGUAAUACUUUCUUGAUCCAUUUGUUUAUCGCAAUUAUGUACAAAAAACAAACGAUGAAAAACAGGAUUAUUUGCAGAAUGAAUAAACAUAUUUUGUAAACUCGUACGAAUUAGAAAUAAAACAACAACGACCCCUGAUCAAACAAGUACAUCAGCUGGACAUCACCGUUUAGGUUCACACUAAUUUUAAAUAUGGUUAUUAUUAAAGACUCCAAGCGAAGAUUUUAUUUCUCUGGUAUUUUCUUUACGCUUAUGGCAUUGCUUUUUAUGAUAAUUGGAUUUUCAACUUCAUAUUGGGUUAACCAAAGUGGCGAGAAACCAAGCCGUAUUGGACUUUGGGAGGUUUGCUAUCGAGAAUACACCCCAUUAGGAGCUAAAAAGAUAUUCACUGGAUGCUGGUGGUUGUAUUCUGAUAGUCUUUCAUCCGUGAAGGAAUAUGUUUUACCUUCAUGGUUCAUCUCGGUGCAGGUUAUGAUCAGUUUAACAUUCCUCUUACAAGGGCUGGUUGCUGUUUUCCUUCUAUGCGUGCUCAUCCAUUGCUGUCCUAUUCAUGUCAAACCUUUAAUUCUCACGUUAUCAAGUAUUGUCAUGUUUCUCUGUGGUCUACUAAUUACAAUGUCCCUGAUUGUGUUUGGAGUGAAGUCUGAAGAUCGACAGUGGAUGCCGCGUCCUGACCAGAACUACUUAUCCUGGUCCUUUGGUAUUUGUGUACUCUCUGGCUUCUUCUCCCUGUUUGCAGCAAUGUGCUUGCUUGUGUCAAGCAUCAGUUCAUCACGUGAUCAGAAUGUGGACUCUAAAGCACAUCGUAUGCGACGCUACUAAUAUGCAAAUAACAGUGGGAAAAAAAUAUAACUCGAAAGACAAAUCUAAGUGUUAUAUUUGCUUCUUUCUAACUUUUCUAAUUUCAUAAUGUAUUUAUCUUGGCAGUUUUGUAGACAUCUAUUUCCUGUUUGCAUCAACACCACUCCCAAGAUCUGACAAGUUCUGGCAAACCUUUUGUAAAUAUAUUCUUUUACUGAUCUUUUGUAUACAAAAAUGAAAAAUAACUUCAUAUAUUUUUUAAUGUUUCAUCUUAAAAUACAGUAGUAUGUUUCAAUUUCAAAGAACCAUAUUUAACACAUAUAACCUUAAAAGAAACAUCAAACAUAGAAACAUGGUUGUUUUCUUAAUUAAUAAUUAGAAUAUUCCUAUUAAAACUUACAUAUAGUAUUAAAUACUUUCAAUAUUAAUUUAGAAUUUUUAUAAUUUAGUAUAGAUAACAAGGGACUUGUGAGAAAAGGCAAAAGAAGACCAAUUAUUGACUUGUAUUGGAAAAUCUGUAGACCUGCAUUUUAAAAAUGUAAAUUCUUUUGUAUUAGUUUUCUUGAUAAAUAAUCCCCAAGGUUAUCAAUUAAUUAAUAAGUAAUUAUAGCUAAUGAUGAUCAUGGUGUGUGAUAUAUACAAUUAAGGUAAUUUCAUAUAGAUCACUUCUAAUUUAAUGUAUCUCAGUCAUUGGUUUUUAUUUCAUUAUAAAUGGUGCUUAUAAUCUAAUCAAACAAGUAUUGAACUUUAUAUUAUAUUUUUUGUCUUAACUAUUUUUAUAUGCUACAAUACACAAUACUCUGACUGUUAUAUAAAUUUAUAUAAUAUAUAUAUAUAUAUAUAUAUAUAUAUAUAUAUAUAUAUAUGUAUGUAUAUAUGUAUGUAUAUAUGUAUGUAUGAAUAGGUAGUUAUAGUUAUUAGUCCUUAUGGUGAAUAAACUCUUAUGAUUUUGUAAUUAUAUAUUUGGUAAAUACUUAGCCGUUGAUACUUGGAUUAAAUUUUACACAACUCUUUUUGUUAAUAUUUUAAUCUCCUAAAAUUAAUAGAUAGUUUUGUAAUAAGGUUCUCUAACACCAGACUUUUAACUAUGGAAGACUUUUAACUAUGGAAGACAAAAUGUCGGUUAUUCACCUUUGUGUUACUUCUUGUCAUCUUAGAUGAAACAAAAGUAAUGCAGUAAUGCUGUGAUGCAUUUAUGCACGUGUGUGUGUGUGUGUGCAUGUUUUGGCAAUGAUAUAUAGAAAGAGAGAUUAGGUUCCUAAGCUCUGCAUGAUAAGUAAUUUAUGACAGAGGAAGUAGUCUAAUAAAAUAAUUUAAUGGAGAUUAGACAUGCUAUUAAAAGACUGCCAUCAUCUCAUAGUUUCCUCUCAACAGGACUUUCUAAAUUUCAGUCAGGUCUUGAUGUAAAUAUAUACAAUGAUUUAAACAAAUUACUUUUCUGGUAGAUUCAAUCCAGACUAUUUAUAUUGUAAGCAAAUUCUCUGUCCAAGUACUUGAUAUACACAGCAUGGAAACCAAACAAUCUGUUGACAUUGUUGGCUGCAGACAGAUUUUAUUCACACAUGAAAAGUCAUUUUUGUAUUGCCUCCAUAAUAAGAGUUAGCUUUGUUUGUUUAUGUCGUUGAAACGUUGUGUUGUAUUAUUAUUGACCAUGCUCUCCGACAUGAUACAUGAUGGUAAAAAGAUGACAGAAUCAUGCAUGUCUGCUGAUCUAUGGGAAGAAAAUCACAAUUUAUUAUCUUGAAUUGCAUUGAUGUAUGUGUGUUUUUGGUUGAGUUUUUUGUGAUUUUUAUUGUAGCUCUUAGAAAUUUGGUUGAACAUAAUUUAGAGGAGUUUCCUUUGAAGAUAUUAUUAGUGUUGCUCAAUAGACAUCCAUGUUAACAUUGUGGCCUUUCCAAUGAUUUCAGACUUGUUUCCAUAAUCAACACUUUGAAGUUUAUAUCAACAGAUUUUUGUAAAUACAGCCAUAGGAAACAUGCCAAAAAUGGAACAACCAAGUCUGAUAUAAUCUCUCCUUGACCUGUUUCGGAGUGCAGGGAUCCCAAAUAUGAACCAACUUAGGCUGUAGCUAAUUGUCUAUUCCAUUCCAUUUACACCAUCUUAAAAAAAGAUGUAGAUGUAAAGUGACAAUAAUGAUGAUUUUAAAAUAUUGUUCAUCAAGAAUUAGAUAUUUUUGGAUAGAAUUUCAACAGCUUCAUGCAAAAAUUUGGUAUUAAUUUAUAGUAAAAUGAAAUCGGACAGAUGUUUUAGGUUGAUGAUUAGGAUGACAACAUUAGAUCCAUAAUAACAUUUACAUCUAUAUUUUGAUAUAAAACUCUUUUAAUUUCCAGUCUUAUAUAAAAACAUUUUGCCAUUUUGGUGCAGAUUAAGAUUUAAAAAAAUUUUUUAUUAGUUGUAGCAGUUUCUUUUUUUACCUCACUUCUUAAAGCAUAUUUUUUUUGUUUUAAGUAAAUUUUCACAUUUGAUAAAAUCUUAAUAUAGUAUAUAUUCAAAAAUAUACCAUAUUCCAUAUCUUUAUCCUAAAAAGGAAUUGUACUUUUUUGUAUAAUAAAUAUAUUUUCAUUGAU